UACCUUUCCAAUUUCUGGCUCAUGUUUUCUUCAUUAAUUCCACCAUUCCAUUUUUGUGUUUCUUAAUAAAGAUGAACCAUUCAUAGAGUUUCUUAAGGGUCAAUUUUUGUGUGAAUUUAGAUGAAUGAGAAUAAGAUUAAUUAUUUAGGAAUGAUUCAACAAAACCAUAGACUAAAUGGUGGUUUUAAUUCUGAGCUAGGAAAUUGUUCAAGUCAAUAUUUUGAUAUGAGAAAUGCUUCAAAUAUUGGUCAACCAUUUUCAAUGGAGCAAUCAUCAUCUACCACAAUUAUAAGCCGUUUUGAGUCACCAAAUUCAGCUUUUUAUGCAACAGAAAUUUGCAUGGGAUUUCCAACUUAUGAUUUGGAAUUUCCUUUGUAUCAAUGUCCAAGGGAAAAUAUUUUUCUUCAUUCUUCAACAAACCAAACUAGUAAUAGCUUUGAUUUGUCAAACUUAAACCCUUUGCAAACACUGGUUAGAUCAUCUCAAUUGAAUAGUGAUGAUCAAUGUUGUAGAUCUCCUGAGAAAUCCAAUGGAAAUUUUCAACAUAAUUUCUUCAUUGAUGACCCGACGUCGAUUAGUAUGAGUCCAUUAAUUCAUUCUAAUGGAAAUCAGGAUCAUAAAUUACAUUUCUCUCAUCAACAAGAGAAAGUUUCUCGAACAAUGUCAACUGGAAAUGUGUCAACAAUUUCUGGAAACCCUUGCGGAUCAUCAUCGGUCUCGAGUAAAACAAGAAUAAGAUGGAAUCAAGAUCUUCAUGAGAAGUUUGUUGAGUGUGUGAAUCGUCUUGGAGGCGCCGAGAGCUUGAUUGUAGAGGCGACACCGAAAGCUAUUUUAAGGUUGAUGGAAUUAGAUGGGUUGACGAUCUUUCAUGUUAAAAGUCAUCUGCAGAAAUAUAGAAUUGCGAAAUACAUGCCAGAACCAACUCAGGGGAAAUAUGAGAAAAGAACUCAUGUAGAGAAUGCGCAUCUUGAUGUCAAAUCUGGCUUGCAAAUAAGAGAGGCACUUCAACUUCAACUCGAUGUUCAGAGGCGUCUUCACGAACAACUUGAGAUUCAGAGAAAAUUACAGUUGCGAAUCGAGGAACAAGGAAAGCAGCUGAAGAUGAUGUUUGACCAACAACAAAAGACAAAUAUCGGCCAAUUGAAUACUCAGAAUUUGGAUAAUACAUCAAAUAUUGAUACACAAAUUAGUCUUAAAGAUAUCGAGGUUUCGAGUUUUGAAGCUUCGGGAAAUUCCUUAUUCCCUUUAAAGAUAAGUUAGGUCUUUCAUGUGUUGAUAUCUCUAUAUUAUAAGCCAUUAUUGUUGCAGCAAUAUAGUUUUCAAAGUAAACCACGCCAUACAAUUUUGUAAUGGGAAUAAAAUGAGUCUUAUUUUUAUACAAGUCCAAACUCAGUAAAUAAGUACAUAUGAUAUGAUUGUUCUACUUUUGAAUAUACUCCUUGAAUU